AUGAGCCUAAUAUUGUGGUCUUGUUUGGUUUUCCUUAUGAUGAAGGCACUAUUAGAAAUAAAGGUAGGGCUGGAGGAGAAAAUGCAUAUGAAUAAAUUAUGUUAGUAUUCAAAUAAAAACUUAAUGAAUGCAGCAUAUCAUAAAAAGUUUUACAUGUAGGAUCUGUACCUAAAAAAUUAACUAUAGAAGAUGCUCAUGAUUACUUAUAUUAGCAUGUUAAUGAAAUAUUUAAUUAAUUACCUUAAGCAAAAGUAAUUGUUAUUGGCGGUAGUAAUGAUUAAAGUUACCCAAAUUUCAAAGGAUUGGUUGAUGGAAUCCAAAAAAUUAGGUGUUAUUAAUAUAGAUUCUCAUUUAGAUGUUAGACCAUUAAUAAAUUAAAAUUAAUCUCAUUCAGGAUCUCCUUUUAGAAGUAUGCUUGAAGAUAGAGAACGAUAUCAAAAUAGUAAAUUUAUAGAAUUUGCAAUUAAAGGAUGUACUUGCUCUUAUGAACAUUAUUUAUAUGUAUUAAAUAAAGGUGGCAAAGUAUAUUUCUUGGAAAAAGAUAUUAGAAGAUUGAAUGCUGAAAAUUAAGGUUCAUGUGCUAUGAAUAAUGUCUUAAAAGAAUUUGAAGAUGAUUAAAAUAUUGAUUAUAUUUUCUUAUCUUUUGAUGUUGAUUCUAUAAAUAGUGCUUGGUGUCCAGGAGUAUCUGCUCCAUCUGUUGUUGGAGGAUUAACAAAUUUUGAGGCUUUGUCAAUUAUGGAGAGAGCUAAGAAAUCAAAAAAAAUUAAAUUAAUUGAUUUGAGUGAAUUUAAUCCAACAAUUGAAUGUGAACGCACUUCUAAUUUAAUUUCAGAAAUGAUAAUUACAUUUAUUUUAUGA